GAACCCCACCAUCGACAUCCAUUAACAUUCAUCAACGCUGGACAUCGCAUGAGGGUAAUAAAUUAGAUGAGCUACAACACAAGGAUAUGAAGUGAAGUGGUUGCCUAUCGUAAUGCAAACAAGCCUUCAUACGGAAUGCCAUUUCCCCUAUUCAUAAAGUAGAGAGAUGCGUGAUCCGACUUGAGGCAAACUUCAACGUCGCGUCCAGACCAACUGCGACCCUUCGAGAUACCUUGCUUGAUAUUACGAGAUAAGAGCUGGCCCUUAACUGUUUUCGAGCACAAAAUGACAGACCUCGAGGCGUCUGUACCUAGCUUGGGAAUGUCUACUGACGUUCGAAGCGAACUGAAGAAACCUAAGAAGAAAAAGGUGCUCCUUAUGGGAAAGAGCGGUUCCGGAAAGUCGAGUAUGAGGAGUAUUAUAUUUAGCAACUAUAUCGCCAGGGAUACUCGGCGUCUCGGUGCGACGAUCGAUGUCGACCUCUCGCACGUCAAAUUCUUAGGGAACUUGACCUUGAACCUCUGGGACUGCGGUGGCCAAGAAGCUUUCAUGGAGAACUAUCUAUCUCAGCAGCGUGUACAUGUCUUCUCCAAUGUUGGGGUGCUUAUAUACGUCUUCGAUAUAGAAUCUCGAGACGUAGACCGAGAUAUGGCUACAUACGUAUCCAUCAUCUCCGCCCUAACCCAAUAUUCACCUACCGCGAAGGUCUACGUGCUAAUUCACAAGAUGGAUUUGAUCACCCCGCACGCCCGUGAGGCUGUUUUCGUCGACCGCGUUCGGCUAGUCAGACAGAAGACCGCCGAGUUCAUCCAAGCGGCAGGCUACACGGGCGAGUUAGAUCUCAUCCCCUUCGCAACCUCCAUAUGGGACCAGUCUCUAUACAAGGCGUGGGCAAGCAUCAUCCACGACCUCGUGCCAAACCUAUCCGUCAUCGAGUCGCAGCUAGGCUCCCUCGGAGCGUUGAUCGAAGCCGAGGAGCUGCUAUUGUUCGAGAGGACGAGUUUCCUUGUCGUAUCAAACUGGACGUCGGAAGAAGGGCAGAACAACCCUACGGGAGAUCGACAAGAGCGUAUCUCAAACAUCCUCAAGCAUUUCAAGCAAAGCAUCAGUCGCUUUACCGGUACUCCCCGCAAUGCCGAGCAGUUCACUCUGAUGGAACACAAAGCGGGAUCUAGAUUCUCCAUGUUCGCUUGCAAAUUCACAACCAACACUUACCUCAUGGUUAUUCUCCCACCCGGAGAAGCGAGGUUCAAUUCUGCCAAGCUAAAUUGUCAGAUUGCCAGAGAGAGCUUCAAGUUCCUCGACGGACCUGUGACUCCAGGCCAGACCUUUAAUUAGCAAACCGAUCCAGACGAGCGAGGCCAUGCGUACCUUCUAAGUUACUCGAACUCGAGUACCUUUUGUAUUUGCUUCUCAUAUCUCCGUCAUGCAUUUCGACAUAUCACUGUAAGCAGCGGAAACUGAUUAGCUUCCACUAUAGCACUGUAGACCCCAAGUCGAAUACUCCUAUCUGAUCGCAUACAAUAAACCGACGAGUUCUCUAGACACAAGCGACCUCAACAACAGGGAAUUUUAGUCUACAAUAUUCCGCUGAUAAAAUUGCCGAUGUCUAAUGUCAAGACCCCGCUGCAUUCUUCGGCCGCGGGACAUUUACCAAAUCCAGGGCGUGAUGCCUCAAUAUGGCUCCACCCUUAGUAUGAGCUGUUAUGAACGAUGUUUUUCUUGGUGAGAGCUGUGAUAGUCGCAUCUCAUAUAGUCAAGACACGUUUAUCAGUUGCGAUGCUUUUAUUGGCCCCGAGGCCGACUCCGGGGAGAGGUAGUAGUUUAGGCGCGGCGGUCUUGGUCCCUGACGAUCGGCAGACGUCCUGAAUUAGGAAGGUUAGUCGUCGCAGCAAACCAACCAAUCAAAGCGUCAAUUACGUGGUAUGCCAUGCACGAUUUUGAUGAAAGGGUAGCUGAUACCCACGGACUUAGAUCGAUUUUGAAUUGGGUACUUUGGAAUGUAAAGACAUGAUAGUCUUAUUCAUCAAUAGUCUUAUUCAUCGAAGCUUAACCUGUUUAUCGUUACCAAGAGGUUUAUUUCUAAG